AGCGGAUCCAGAUCGACCAGCCACCGGCGUAGCUCGACGGACCACCGCCACGCAUCCCCCUCCUCUGCUCCGUUCGUGCUCCCUGCGCUGCGCACCGCCGCGGCCAGCGCACACUCAACCUCCUCCCCUCUCACGCUCCCCUCGACGGCUGGCGUACGCUGGGUUGAGUUACAUCUCUCGUCUCUGGCUGUGGACGCUGCGCGAACCGCACUCGCCUCCCUCUCCGCCCCAGCGCUUGCCCCAAUAAACGCACGCACCUGCCUCCGCCUCACUCCGUCCGCGACCUCGGCAGGCAACGCCGGCGGCCAGCGACGACGAACGACGAAUCCCUAGCGCCCGCCCUCCGUCGUGGCCCUGCCUCCGUGCCCUCCUGCAUCUGCACCACUCCGUCGCGACCCUGCGUGCGACGGUGAGCAGUCCCGCCGAGAGGACGACCUCCGCAGCGGCGCAAAGAUAAUAAAGAUGGACGAGGUCACACAAGCCGUUGAAAACCUGAAAAGUGAAUGGAGCCAAGCAGUUGCACAGCUUGAGGUGUGCAUUGCUGCAAUUGAAUCCUGUGGGAAGAUGGGGAAAGGGACAGAAGAAGCAAUGUCUCUUCCUAGGUUGAACGGUUCUGCACAGGAUGCACUGCAAUUGCUGAAUGCACUGCAAUGCAGGCUUGAUCUUCUGGCAGAGCAGCUACCCACUUUUGAAGAAGUUCAGUCUGGACAGGCAACCUUAGGGUCAUGGAAGGAACAGUAUCAGAGGCUGCGUGCGGCCCUGAGGAGUGCUAACUUACAAGCAAAAGUGAACAUUGGAAAAGCUGCUCAAGAAGAGAGGGAGCUUCUUCUGGGAGGUGGAGAAGAGUCCACUGUUCGGAGGCGUAAUCUCCAGACAAAGGCUGGGAUGACAUCCGCUGCAGAAAGUAUUACUGAGAGCCUCCGUAGGUCUCGGCAGUUGAUGGUUCAGGAAGUGGAAAGAAGUGCUAAUACCUUGUCAACUUUUGAUGAAUCGACAAGUGUUCUCCGAAAGGCUGAAGGUGAGUAUCAAGGGCACCGCUCUUUGCUGAUGCGCACCCGUGGUUUGCUCUCCAUGAUGCAACGACAAGAUGUUCUCGAUAGGAUCAUCCUAACCAUUGGGUUCCUCGUGUUCUCCUUGGCGGUUCUGUACGUUGUCUCAAGACGUAUUGGCCUGUUGACACUGCAAAGGAAGCUGGCUGAUGCUAUCAGAUCAGGCUCAGUAUCAGCUGGAGACAUCUUGGCUAAAGUACAGGAGGGACCUGCCCCAACAGAUGGUCCUCCCAUCUAUGAUGAACUGUGAUUUUACUUCCACCCAUUGUUUGUACAUGAGCUUACAACCAGAAGCAAGCGUACCUUUCAGAGUUCUUAUUUCUUAGUAGUACAUGUUGCCUAAAGUAACUUUUGCCCAAAAGGGCUAUACUGGUGCAUUGACCUGCUGUUAGACUUGAGUUGAAGUCGGAGUAUGCUUUAUGUUGCUUCCAUCAAGCCCCGAAACUCUGUACAGUUGUUAUGCAUUUUUUUUCUCUCUACAUUAUCUGGGACAUAUACUACAUUACUCCCUCCAAUCCAUAUUACUUGUUGCUGCUUA